AUAGGUAGUCCACAUGUUUGCGGCGGUGCUAUUGUUUCUUAUGAUCCUGCUUUGGUCUUGACAGCAGCUCAUUGUAUGGAUGUGCCCAUGCAGCAAUUUGAAAGCCCGUUUUUUGUUUUAUACAACGAUGUCGAACGAAGUAAACUUGUUACAGUACCUAUUGAGGACUGGACCAUUCAUCCAAACUAUAAUGCAUCCGGCAUGAUCAACAUUAAGUAUGAUACAGCUAUAUUACGGCUUAAGCGACCCUUGAUAGAAUCAGCACACGUUAAACGAGCAGUUUUCUGGCCGCCUACUGCACCUCUUUCUACACCCUUAAGAGGUGAGAUGGUAGGAUUCGGUUAUGUUGAUUCAGAAGGACAACUAGCCAAAACUCUACAGUUUCUUCCACUAGAAGUUACAAGAUUUGACGCUUAUAACUAUAUUGAGGCUAGAUCUGACACAGAAACCGUAGUUGCCUGUCAUGGGGAUUCUGGAGGCCCGCUUAUUGUACCUCAAUCAAUUCAAAAUCCCUACACAAAUGGAACUGUUACUGUUCCCUUUGUCAUGGGCACUCUCACGCGAAUAUUAGGAGCAAGGGAUAUUAGUCCCGAUAAGCUAACGUGCCCUGUUCCUUCAGAUCAAAGCGUCACACAUUCUUCAGCUGCACAAAAUACUGUAGUUGAAGCCUUCACAAAUGCGCCGUCAAUGCUGGAUUGGAUAUCGUCUGUGUCAGGUAUUUCUGUAGCGAAUUUAACAGACCCGUUUUAUAAUCUACCAGCCUUACCUUGUAGUGCAGAU